AUGUCUGGAAGGCCCGAGGAAGGACUUUACGGCAAUUUGGAGAGUCAAUCGUCCAAUGUCUCGCAGGGAGGUCGGAGGAGAACGAGGUCGGAAUUUGAGGGUGACACAGAUUACUCCUCUACGACUCGCAGAAGAUUGGAGGGAAUUUAUCGACCACAGUGGACCAUGAGCAGCACCGUGAAGGACAUUCUGCUGGAGGGAAGCACUAACAUGGCCGAAAUGAUGCUGAACGAUUUCCUUCGGAGCAACUUGGGCGGCAGAGGCGUUGUGGACACCAAUGAGAACGUCGCUAUGGAGAUGUUUGUGUUGAGACCCACGAUGUUUAUUAACGACAGUGAAAUAUUGGGCUUAAUAACGGCAUCGCCGUCAUACCAGGUGUACAAGCUUCAUCACGAGGGUGUGCACUUUCUCGAGCAAUGGAGGGACUAUGAAGGAAAGGAUACGGUCGCUCCUCUUGCAAGGGGAAAGCUAGACGGAGUUCUCACUCAGGUACUGAGAGGAGAAAGGCGGGAGGCAGAAGAAAGGGCAGUGCGGGAGGAACAAGUAGAACUUACCCUAACUAAUACGAUCGAAGAUGUAUUGUUUAAAGGAAGAGUUCGCGUCAUGGACGUAAAGCUGAAUGAUUUUCUUACGCUGGAAAUGGAAGGCAAAGGCAUUUUGGCUACCAAUCGGAAUGCCUUGUUGAGGGAGUUUUUCAAGGACCCCACGAGGCAUAUCCACGAUGCGGGAGUAUUGGGCGAAAUACAGGCAACAGAUGCUUAUGCGAGGAUGGAGGGGACUGUGAGGGAGGAAAUGGAUUUGGAAGAAGCUGUACGCAGGCUUCACCACGAGGGUGUGGACUUUCUUGAGCAAUGGAAGGACUAUGAAGGAAAGGAUACGGUCGCUCCUCUUGCAAGGGAAAAACUAAACAGAGUUCUCACUCAGGUACUGAGAGGAGAAAGGCGGGAGGCAGGAGAAAGGGCAGUGCGGGAAAAACAAGUAGGAUUUACCCUAACUAAUACGAUCGAAGAUGUACUGUUUAAAGGAAGAGUUCGCGUCAUGAAAAUAAAGAUGAACGAUUUUCUUACGCUGGAAAUGGAAGGCAAAGGCAUUUUGGCUACCAAUCGGAAUGCCUUGUUGAGGGAGUUUUUCAAGGACCCCACGAGGCAUAUCCACGAUGCGGGAGUAUUGGGCGAAAUACAGGCAACAGAUGCUUAUGCGAGGAUGGAGGGGACUGUGAGGGAGGAAAUGGAUUUGGAAGAAGCUGUACGCAGGCUUCACCACGAGGGUGUGGACUUUCUUGAGCAAUGGAGGGACUAUGAAGGAAAGGAUACGGUCAGUCCUCUUGCAAAGGGAACACUAGACGCUGCCCUCACUCAGGUGCAGAUAUCAACGUCCGUGGUUAAAUCAACGGUGCUGGAGGGAUAUUACGAGUCUGUGUACAAUGCGAGUUGGCACCAUGUCGUGGAAGUUCCUGACGGCGAGGGGACGGGAAUGGAGGUGAGGGAGGGGGAACCAGAACAGUCAUGGACCUACAGGGCAGUUGGCGACACCCGCGAAAGGAAUGACGGUGUGCAGCAAUCCGGUGCAGAGCGUCACAGACUGAUGGUGCUCACCUCGGACAAGGGAUGGCCGUAUUCUUGGAAGGGGAAUGAAUUUAUUCGUGACUGCCAUGUGAACUGUGAGGUGGAGCGAGCGUGGCAGAUCGUCAAGGGCGAUCUCACCGAGUGGUUCAGCAGUCAACGUGGGACCCACUUUAAGCCCAAGCAGCGUGUGUUGAUUGGGACGUCCGGGAUCGGGAAGUCGAUGAAUGCCGGCUCGUACCUCCUCUAUCAGCUGCUGCACUACGAUGCGGAGCAGCUCCCAAUGGUUGCGUACAGUUUUGGUGGAAGCACGAUGUACGUGUUUGACAAGAACACCAAAACGAUAUCAACAUACAAGGGUGACCCCAGGAUUGAUGAUUUUGUAAACAUUUCUUCUUUGCGUGGGGUGAAAGGGUAUUGUAUCUACGAUGCGACAUUGGCAUCUCGUCAACCGCCUGCCGGUUUGCCUUGCAAGGGAUGGGGCAUGAUUGUGGUGACACAACCAAACAAAAACGAAUAUGAACGGUGGACAAAAAAAAUGGACGCUACUGCAAUCGUAACGAAUUGUCCCGAAGAAAACGAUGUGAGGGCAAUGUGCAUUUGGAUGAAGCGCAAUUGGCCUCUGCAGGAGCAAGCGGAAUACUGGAAGGAGGUGAGGGGCCGCAUGAAUAACGUGGGACCAAUUCUCCGCUUCAUCUUUGGCAAACAGGCAUGUGAUGACCGCAUUAAAGCGUGUCAGCAGGCCGUGGGUGGGUCGACCGCCUCGGAAUUGGAGCGCAAUUUGGGUAUUGGCUGCUGUUACUCGUCCAAUGACAGUGACUUGUCUCGAAAGCUUGUGAGGGUUGUCCGAGUACGACGAGGAAACAGCAUUGAGUUGCCUCUGAAUGUACUGAUAUCUCCUCACCUCGAACGCGAAAUAUUGUCCGGGUUGGAGAAUGAAAUGAAGCAGUCCGAUUUUAUUUUUUUUGUUUUGAGGUUCUGGGAUUAUGUCCCACCAUAUCUUAUUGAAAAGUGUGCCGUAUCCGCAUUUUUGAAUGAGGAUUUCCUGCGUGCGAUAAGACUUAACAUCAAGGAACUGAGGCCACCAGGACGACGUGAGCCACACAGCUGUGCGCUGAAAGAGCACUCAGACACGAGCUUCACAAGAAAAGAGGUUCUACCGCCACCGGAACGCCUUUCCAAUCCGGUUGCUAUGGACCACUGGGUGCUGUACAAACCGUGGGCCACAAACUUUCCGCUGGUGGACGCCUUUUUCUUUGUGGACUCAAAUCCGAAGACGCUCGUUGGGCUGCGGAUGGCUACGGCGGGUGGGCACCGCACGACAACCAGCACUGUGAAUCAGUUCACUGAGCGCCUGGCGGCAUAUUUUAAUGCUUGGGAGGAAUCUUCCCGAGACAUGUCGUGGGAGAUGAUUUAUGUGCAGCACGCAGACAGCACGCCGAUGAAUGACUGGCAGGGAUGUGAUGUCGACAAUUCCAAUAAUGUGAGCCGCGCUGAAAACCGAGAGAUUGCGGCGUUCUGGGAGGAAGAGGUGCACCAGUACAUGGCAGCAAUAUCGUCGGACGAUGCCAGAAGGAACGAAGCUCUCUGA